GACAUCAUCACAUCCAGUCGGUGGUUCUAAGAAAGGGUUUCCCUUCGAGUGACUCAUUCGUCGUGUUUUUCUUCUUGUAGUUCGGUCGUUUGUAAGCACUUCGAACUCCUCGAAGAGUUUUCGUAACUCAAUCGGUCGUCGGAUACGCGGAAACAAAUAGUGGGCCUUGGAAGCCGAAAAAACGGCAGCUGUUUGGACACCACGAAUUCAAGGUUAACUCGAUUGGCUUGUGUUUGUGUUUUACAACAAGAUGAAGUCGAAAGCAAGUAAUAAUAUGAAGUCUGAUCUGAGCGAUGGGAUGUCAAACCAUUCGGAUUUUUCGAACGACAGCCAAAGUUCUCAUGUAUCGAUAACUACGGCUGAUAUCUUGGCGAACAUAGGACAAGCGGGUGUAUUGUUAACCCCCACAAGUUUUUUGACUCUCGAAGGCCUUAAUUCAGGAGUGCCAACCCGAACCACACCGACUCUAACCCCCACAACUUUGCGAAACAUUGAGCAGACCUUCAUCGAACUUCAAUCGAAACCAGAACCCCACGAAAAUGAAGCCGGCUUUGUACCACCUCUAGUGCAUUCAAUAGGCAACAACCAGUACAUCUCGGCCGCAGACGCCGGCUCCUUCUCGCCGCGACCGCAGCCCUCUUGGCACGGCGGCGGCACGCUGUCGCAGUCGAGCUCGGACUGCGACACCCGCUCGACGCCGCCCCUGCAGGCGCCGUCGCCCCACAAGGGCGGCCACGGGCGGCGCAACAUGGGCGGCCGCAAGCCCGCGCAGGACCUCAACUGCAGCCCCGAGGAGGAGGAGCGGCGGCGCGUGCGGCGGGAGCGAAACAAGGCGGCGGCGGCGAGGUGCCGCAAGCGCAGGGUGGAUCAUACGAAUACGCUGAUUUUGGAAACCGAAGACCUCGAACUAAAGAAACAAUGCCUCCAAGAAGAAGUCCACGAACUCCAACAGCUCAAAGAACAACUGGAAUACCUGCUCGAGUCCCACAAAACCUCCCCGCACUGCCGCCUCCAAACUCGCAGCCCUCCCGACGUCAAACCCUUCAACAACAACCACUACCCCCCUACCACCACCCCCAACAACAACAACAACAACCGAGUGAAAACAGAAAUGCUCGACAACAUGAACGACUGCUUCUUGUUACCCUCUCCGAAGAAGAUAAUGUUGAGUUCGACGGUGCCGAUAUCGAAACCGAAUCGUCCCUGCACAUUGAACGUGGGCGCCAUUGCGCCGAAGUCGGUCUCCGAUUUGCUGGGCGGGCCGAUUUCCACGCCAUCUAACGGCAUGACGUUCAACUUCGACUCGCUGAUGGGCGGCGGGACGGGGCUGACGCCUGUCUCGACGCCCCUGGUGCCGUCCUGCAGCAGCCAGCAGCGGAACAUUCCGAAACUCCAAGAUAUUUUCAGUCAAAAUCAAGAUUCUUAUCUAAGGAAUCAGUUACCUAUGGUUCUGGAUUAUAAUUUUCCUCAAUAACGUCUGAUUCCGGAAGGCCAUUUUUGUGGCAUGUAGAAGUUCUCCAGUCCAGUAAUCUAUGAUAUCAAAAGUGCUAAUGAGUGGAAAAAACGACUCCAUUGAUGGAGGCAGAUAAUGUGCUAUUAUAAAUUGAAUUUUUUUGCCACUAAACAAUUGUGAUACUAUGAUAAUGAAAUAAACUAAGAAUGGAUGCUUUGACAGUUACUUUGAAAUCCUGGGACUUUUAAGCAAUAUCUGCUGUGUGGAAAUUUUGCUCCAAAGAUUAUACACAUUUUUGCAUAAAAGAUACACAGAUAUUGUAUGAUAUUCUUCUCGAAUUUUCAAGUAACUCAAGUGUUCUCAACAAAUCGCCAUCUAUUUCCUAGUUUUUUUUUGUUCUAAAGGGGUUUAUGAUUGGAUAUUGAAUUACAUAAAGACGACAGCAUCUUCUCUAUCCUGUGUUGAGCCUCAUAUUUACGAAAUUUGUUAUUUUAGGAAUGAUAAUACUUAAUGAUUGCUUAGCUGAAAACAAAUGUUGGACUGUAGUAAAAUUUGAACAGCAGGAGUCUGGGAUUUAGUAUAAUUGGUCCAACCAUUACCAUGUUUAGUCCGACCGAACCCAAACCAAAAAUCAUAUAUUACUAUAAGUGAUAGUAAUAUCUUUAAAAGUGUCAUUUUAGUUGUACGUUUAUUUAUUUUAAUAAUGUAUCUUGUAAGACACAAUCUGUGGGCAAAUUGACAACGAAAUUGAUGAAAAUAUUUUGAUUGGUCUACAAGUUGUGUUGGUUUCUCUGUAGAUAAGUGCUAAACAUGGACCAAUAAUUGUGGAUAAAAGUGCUCAAACAAGUUUUCUCUCUAUGCUGUAAUAAUAUAUAUUUUGCUAUGAAACCAAGAAAUGCCUUUUUUAUAUACAAGAGAUGUCAAUAUAUAUUUUCAAUUUGUGAAAUAUUCCCUCCACAAACCCAUUUUUUAAAUAAAUCUAGUAUAUAUUUUUGAGAUAGGAGUGCUUCUCAAAUAAAAGCAGUUUUGUGUUAUUACUGAUAGGAGUUUAAUAAAUUUUGUAUACAGGGUGAUUCAGAAGGUACUACAAUCCUUAACAAUUAUCGUUUUUUUUUUGUUCAACCGUACUGUUUGCAAUACUGUACUCUUUGAAUCACACUGUAAGUUUAUGAAUAAAAUAUAUAUGAAUUAAUAUAUUGAUACUUUAUACUUGAGUAUACACAUAGCAAUAUUUAAGAUUACAUUUUUUGUAAUCAGUCAAGUUUUAUAAAGAGUAGUUUUCCUCAAAUUUUUGUAUUUAUUUUAUGUAAUGCUAAUAUAUAAGAAUAAAUUGAUUUACUAUUUUCUACAAUC